CUCCUACCCCAAAUAGUCUCGACUCCGCCCAGACUUCACGUUAUUGAAGGAAGGAGAAUUUGCUGCAGUCCCUCGUAUUUUGCAUUUUGCAAGAAUCUUUCCCCGUGUUUAGAAAGAAAUUAAGUGCUACUUAAUUGGACUAGCCUGUGUUGAGAGCCCCGACGGGAGGGAAUAUAUAGAGGUACCUUCACUCAUCAUCAGUGGAACAUGGACAGCGAGGGCAGAAAGGUUAUCGUCUGUGACAAUGGCACAGGGUUUGUCAAGUGUGGCUUCGCUGGCUCCAACUUCCCCGAGCACAUCUUCCCUGCGUUGGUGGGUCGGCCCGUCAUUCGUUCAAACACCACGGUCGGAAACAUCGAGAUUAAGGACUUGAUGGUGGGUGAUGAGGCCAGUGAGUGUCGCUCCAUGCUGGAGGUGUCCUACCCCAUGGACAACGGCAUGGUGCGCUCCUGGGAAGACAUGCUUCACCUGUGGGACUACACCUUCGGCCCUGGGCGCCUCAAUAUCAGCCCCCCAGACUGCAAGGUGCUGCUGACGGAACCGCCCAUGAACCCCACUAAGAACCGGGAGAAGAUUGCUGAGGUCAUGUUCGAGACCUACCAGUUCCACGGCAUCUAUGUAGCUAUCCAAGCCGUGCUCACACUCUAUGCUCAGGGGUUGCUAACGGGUGUGGUUGUGGAUUCGGGUGACGGUGUGACUCACAUCUGCCCCGUGUACGAGGGCUUCUCUCUCCCUCAUCUCACGCGCAGGCUGGACAUCGCAGGGCGUGACAUCACACGCUACCUCAUCAAGCUGCUGUUGCUGCGCGGCUAUGUCUUCAACCAGUCGGCGGACUUUGAGACGGUCCGCAUGAUGAAGGAGGAACUAUGCUACGUGGGAUACAACAUAGAACAGGAGCAGAGACUGGCCACAGAGACCACCGUGCUAGUGGAGUCAUACAUACUCCCUGACGGUCGUCAGGUGAUGGUGGGAGGGGAGCGGUUCGGGGCCCCUGAGGCCCUCUUCCAGCCCCACCUCAUCAAUGUAGAGGGAGCCGGCGUGGCUGAGCUGCUGUUCAACACCAUCCAGGCUGCUGACAUAGAUCUCAGGUCUGACUUCUACAAGCACAUUGUGCUGUCUGGAGGCACCACCAUGUACCCCGGCCUUCCCUCCAGACUGGAGAGAGAGAUCAAACAGCUCUACCUGGAGAGGGUGCUGCAGGGGGACACUGAGAAGCUCUCUAAGUUUAAGAUCCGCAUUGAGGACCCUCCACGGCGUAAACACAUGGUGUUCAUGGGUGGCGCAGUGCUGGCUAACAUCAUGAAGGACAAGGAGUCCUUCUGGCUGAGCCGGGCUGAGUACCUGGAGAAAGGCCUAAGGGUUCUGGACAAACUGGGAGGAGGCGUGAGAUAAAGGUGAAAUAGGGGUUAGGUAGGGUCUCACACAGACGAGGUCUGGGGGUGCCGGACAAACUGGGGCGCGGCAAUAGAUAGAAGUGCUCGGUCGUAUUGACUUGGCACAAAUGGAAGAAAACGCUGUGCUCUAAUGAACACGACACUGGAUAAAAUGGGGGCCGGGGUCAGCUAUACUUAAUACAAAAGAAAGAGUAUAUGAUACUGUGUUAAAAACUGUGAUUCUGUAAUAGAGACAUGAUCAUGCUUUCCUGUAUGCAUAGGGGCCAGCCAUUAGCUCUGAUUAGAAAUCUCUGUUAUCAGAAGCAUGACAUAGAAUAGCAUUCUCCUCUUCGUAACAAUCAACUUUCCAAUAUGUUUUCCUUGUCAAAUUGACACAUUGUAUGGCAUACAGCACAACAAUUACACAGUACAAUUACACAAUAGAAUUGUACAAUUGUAAUGUUUCACAUUUUUACCAUUUUAAUUCUCACUGUGUCAAAUUGAACCCUUUUGAUGAGGUUCGUUAUGUUGUUUCAAAUGCAUAUGAAAAUAAAUACAACUGACUUUAAUCUAAAUGCCAAAUGGAAUAAAGUGAAUGUUAUGGUAUUUGACUGAA